AUGAAGAUGGAGUUCUUAAUUAAAGAAGAGGCUAAGUAUAAAGUUUAUUAAAAACCUUCAUUAAAAAUUAAAUAAUAAUAUGUUUAAUUAUCUGGAACUGUUAGAAUUAAUUAAUAGUUUUCUAUUCCUUAAAAAUAUCAAAAACAAUCAAUUCUUCAACAAUAUAUAUAUUAUUAGAACUACUGUUAAUAAAAUGAAAAAGUAUUAUAUAAAAUAAUCAUAUAUGUAUAUAGAUGAAGUUUUAUAAUAUAAAUUAAUGCAUCUAUAAAAUUUGUUCAAUUAUUAGUGUAUGCUUUCAUCAAGAAUUAGAAAUAUUUAAGAAAAAAUUAUUAAUCUUUCUAAAAAUUAGUGUCUAACCAAAACAUAUUAAUAAAUUAUACCAUAUUAUGAAAUUGAUGAAUUUUAUACAAUAGAUACAUAAUAAAAGACCUAUUUGA